AUGGCACUACCCGUAGGCUACCAAUGGGCCAAAAUGAUCAUACUUGCUGUUUUCUGUCUACGGGUCACCCAAUGCAUGAAUACACCCCUAAUAGCCAAAAAAAGCACCGAAGACUUGGGAAAAUCACAUGUCCUUACCACCCCCCAACAAAAAAAAAUUGUUGCCCCAGCAGCCGUACCGAUAUCUUUUGCGGAUUUCGCCAAACCUCAAAAGGGACAGGUGUUCCGAGGGGAUCAAGCAUUGAAUAAGCCUAAAGUCUCCCCAGGCGAUACUGAGCAAUAUUUUAAGUCUAUAAGAGAACUCACAAAGCCGAGUCCUGGGUUGUCAACAGACUACUUGAACGAUGUAAGGGGUUCAAUCAACCCCUACUGGUCAGCCGUCCAUAUAAACUAUCUGGCGGAAGACUUUGAAACAAUGUUUGAAGAUCUUUAUAAGCUUGGCAAAGACAUUGCAAAACGAAAAUUCCGUGGAGGCAAAGAUCACUCAUCCACAAAGGAGGGUCACAAAAUUACGAAGGCCCGACUUACGGAAGUUGUUCAAGAUUUGCAAGCUGUCCAAAAAAGUUUGCUAAAGUACCUCGACGGUUGGUUGAAGCGUUGGGCGGCCACGAAUGAUGUGCCAAAACCUAGCAUUUUUGGUGACAAAAUUCUCGCACUGAUGAAAAAAAUAUCAGCCGGCCAGAAAUCAAAAGACUUGACACUUGAACCAGAAACUAUCCAGGUCAUAUUUCCCAAAGAUCGUCUCCAAAAAGCCUUUUCGGACCUGUCUAUCCUCAGCAACUCCCACAACCUGCGUCCCAACGAAGACCAACACUUCUGGGCCCUUCACAGAAUUUUCAUCCAAACGGUUGAUCAAGCCUACAAAUUUAACCUGUUAGAAUUAAAAGACUUGGAAAAUUAUGUGAAACAAACGCAUUACGUAACUACUGCUGCUCGUUCCAUGUUCUUGCACUUCACUCAUUCCACAAAAGACUACAAGAACCCCCUGUACAGAAACGGUGACAUUCUAUUGGACCUCUGGUAUUCCUCACCUUUUGUGAAUAUGCUAAAUGUUAUCGAUCCUCCAGGAAAGAGGAAGUUUUUACAUGAAAUCCUCAAAUCGGAUGCCUUGGAUUACAUCAGCGGUCGCCAUGAUGGUCUGGUCGAGAAGCACCUGGUCAAAUCUCUCAAGCAUCUUUUCGAACACAAUUCACUCCUCUCAGCUUUAGAAGAUGGCCGCUCACUUGGACAAGCAAACCAACAGCACAUUCAGAAGAUGAUUGAUGUUCACUUGGACGAUCUAAUUUUUGAUAAAGAAUGGGGAAACAGUGAAGGCAUGAGACUUAGUGCUCAAACUCUAGAAUUUAUUGACAAAACCUAUCUUCAGACUGAAUUAUCAAAUCCGACUAUAUCAACACUACGUGCAAUUUUCAAAGAUCCUUUAAGAAAUAGAAUCAAAUUAGUUUCUGCCAGAGCCAAAGCUGUCGUAGAAUUAGAACAAAUAUCGAGGUACUUGCACGAAGGUUUUCCUCUACGGAAUGAUGGACGCCUACAAAAACCGAUACCGACAUUAGAAGAACUUGAUUUGAUUGAAGGUCACCUUGAACAUCUGCCAGCCCAACAGUAUUACGAAAGUGUCAUCAAGACUCAAGAUGAUCGACACAAAUCAUGGUGCGAAACAGAAAAUGAUGAGAAGAUGAUUGCUUUGAGAGGGGCAAUAGAUAAAAUCAGACCAAAGCAUGUUGGAUCUGGAUCAUCUUGGCGAUCUUGA